UUCAUAGCUAGUUUCCAGAAUGUCUUAAAUGAAAACGACGAUGGACGUCCCAAUGCAAGAUACUCAUGCAACCAAGAAGAAACGAUUCCUUGAAACAACCAUAAGUCAAACUGUCCGUUUUUUUGUAAAACACUGCCAACGUUCGAAAAGCCGUUCCUCAAAAAUUGUUUUUCCUUCCAAGACAAGCACUUGCAAAAAGUUUGAACCCAAAGGAAUCGUUUCUGGGCUAUAUUACGUUUGAUGAAGAACCACAAACUCGUUCACUGGAAAGGUUCUUGGAAAGCACUUGGAUAAAAAGACCUCUUAUUACUCUUUUGCUAAAUAACACAAAGUUGCUAAAGUUGAUACCUAGUGGUGGUGGCAAACCCAUAGCCCUCCCUCUGAUAUUACUCAAUAAGUGGUUUCCAGUGUUCAAAGUCCCGUUCCUAGAUUAUAGAGUGAAACCAAGUUGCUCGAGUCUGAAGACUUUGAAAGUUUUAACGAAGAAAUGAUAAGGUUGUUUAUGCCAUCGUGUUACGUUGCGUCGACUAGUAAAGAGAGCUGUUAGUGAAGCGCGGACGAUUGGAAACAGUUUCAAGUGAAUAACUUUAUUGCGAAAGUGGAAACGCUGUUAACUAUGCAUGAUGACAAGUUUUCAUAUGUUUCGGUCUCUCUUGACUUUGAUUGGAGGUUUUUCAAAGUUUGCCAAGAUCCAGUGGACUAGUCUUCCAAGUUACUUUCUAUUUUGUUUGUUUCUAUUGUUUGAUUGGAAUGGGAGUCCACUUUUUGUUUUGGAUAACUGUACAAGAAAACCGGUAUUGGUUGCUACGACGAAUGAAAUGACCAUAUCAUAGAAAAAGUUUUUCUCAUGAGUUGUUUUCCAUUUUCAUCAAGUAACGACAGUCAUGAAUACAUUUAUUAUUUUUGUUGUU